UGGUCCGUCAAUGAAAUCUUCACCUACGGGACACCAGAGAGAUCGACGAACAACAGGAAAAAAUGUGAAGUUAAAGAAAUGGGUGUAGAUGAAAAUAGCGUGAAGAAGAUGAUAUUGAAGGAUGGAGAAAAACGAGAUGGGUGCCGAAGAGGGUAAAAAAACCGUCACAUAUGGAGAAAUCGGUUGAAAGAAAAAUGGAUUUUGAGAAAAUAAAUUUGGACAAAAUGGUGAGAGGAAAAGUGCGAUCAUGAAGAGAGAAUCACUUAUGGAUUGAAUGUAGAAGAGGAAGCGAAUGCAAUGGAAAUAAAGAACAUGAGAGGGAUUGGUAUUUUGUCUGGGGUGGGAAGAAGAAAGAGAAGAUUAUGUUGGAAAUGAAAGUAUUAAGGGAGAAAGUGGAGCAAUAAAUGAUGAAAAUAGGAAAGAAUGAGGAUUAUUUGUAUUCCUUCCUCUUCCCUUUAAUUGGUGGACCAAACAAGAAAAAGAAAUCAUUUUCUUUCCUUUACUUUUACUCCCAAAACGGCUGAAGUUGAAAAAGUAUAUACAAUCGAACUAGAAAUAGAAGGCAGCAUAGUGAGAAGUGGAUACUGAUGGAGAACGGAGAAAUGGAGCCUCAUGUUCUGAUCUUCCCCUUCCCAGCUCAAGGCCACGUCAACUCUAUGCUUAAACUCGCCGAGCUUCUUACCCUCUCCGGCCUCCGUAUCACCUUCCUUAAUAUCCUCCGAAUUCACCAAAAACUCACUCUCCACACAGACAUUCAAUCUCGUUUCUCUCGAUUUCCCAAUUUCCAAUUUCAAACCAUCACCGAUGGCCUCGAUAAUCGCCUCAUCGACAAAUUCUCUGACUUGAUCGACAGUUUGAAAUCCAUCACCAUGCCCCUUCUCAAGCAGAUGCUGCUCUCCGGUGAAUUCGGUCCGACUCCCACUUGUAUAAUUCUUGAUGGGCUUUUCAAUUUCAUCGUCGAUGUUGACGCUCAUCCUAACAUCCCUGUUUUCAGUUUCCGAACGAUUAGUGCUUGUUCUUUCUCGGCUUAUUCAUUUGUUCCCAAACUCAUUGAAGAUGGUCAGCUUCCGAUUAAAGGGGAAGAAGAUAUGGAUAGAAUCAUCAGCGGUAUGGGUGGGAUGGAAAAUGUUCUCCGAUGCAGGGAUCUCCCAAGCUUCUGCCGACUGGAAGACCCAUUUGAUCCAGGUCUUCAACACGGCGUGACACAAACCAUACAAAGCUUUAAAUCCCGCGCUCUGAUAUUCAACACGUUUAAUGAUUUGGAAGGACCGAUUUUGUCGUCUCUUCGAAGUCGAUGCUCAAAUAUCUAUGCUAUCGGACCUCUCCACGCCCACCUGAAAACCAGGCUUUCCGGUGAGAUAUCUCCGGCGUCAUCAGUGUCUUCUAAUGGCCUCUGGGAGGUGGAUCGGAGCUGCUUGGCAUGGCUUGACGAUCAUCCGCCUAAAUCUGUCAUUUACGUUAGCUUUGGAAGCGUUGUAGUCAUCGGUGAUGAUCAAUUUAGGGAGUUCUGGCAUGGAUUGGUGAAUAGCGGGAAGCGGUUUCUGUGGGUUAUGCGGCCUAAUUCCCUUGCCGGAAAAGAUGGAGUCCCAGCGGACUUGAAGGAGAAGACAAACGAAAGAGGUUAUAUAGUAGAUUGGGCGCCGCAAGAGGAGGUGUUGGCCCAUAAAGCCAUUGGAGCGUUUUUGACUCACAGUGGAUGGAAUUCGACUUUAGAGAGCAUAGUUGCCGGCGUGCCGAUGAUCUGUUGGCCUCAAUUUGCGGAUCAGCAAACGAACAGCCGAUACGUGAGUGACGUUUGGAAGAUUGGGUUGGAUAUGAAGGAUGUUUGCAACAGAGAAACAGUGACAAAGAUGGUGAAUGAUGUAAUGGAAAAUAGGAAAAAUGAAUUGAUGGGUUCUGUUAUUGAAAUGGCAGAAUCGGCUAUUACAAGUGUGGAAGAAGGUGGAUCGUCUUAUUGUGAUUUGGAAAGAAUGAUUAACGAUAUUCGAUUGCUUUGUAAACGGCAGAGAGAUACCAUUGGUUAAAACGUCAUCUCUGUAUGUGUAAGCUUAUAUAUGUAUCGUGUCUAGUCGAUAAUUUGCUAUAAAAACAUAAUUAUUAAA